AUGGGCAGAAAAGCAGCGUUUGAUGACGUCUGCUCUAACGAGGCGAAUGGGUGGACCACCUGCCUAGAGACCAACUUGGGUAGUAAGGAUCUUCACAGGAAGUGCGACGUGCAUCAGCAAACGUUCGACACAUGCGUUGCGGAGUGGCGCGCAAAGGUUGGCAGUGCCGUUCAGGUUAAGGGUGAGAACGAAGGGGAUCCGCCUUUCCAGUGCGCUGCUAUGUCCUGCCUGAUUGGCGAGUGCUUGCGCAAGUACGACUACAAUUUUGAUCGGUGCAAGCCCCACACCCAGUUCUUCAAGUACUGCGUCAAGAGUUUUUACGGCAGGGACUACAUUUCGUAA